UUACCCCGUAUGUUCUUACUUUGUUAUGUUCGAAAACAAAUCUAAACUGUCCUUCACACGUCAAUUUCACCUUUAUUUAUUGACACAAUCCCGCGUGUUUCCUCCAGUCAUCGGACACAGCAGUCGGCGGUGUAGCGAGGGUUGCCUCUUCGGCAUUCAUACCCAGACAGUCAACAUGGUGUUCGCCUUCCGCUCCGCCGCCACGCGUGCGACUCCGGCCCUCGCCAUGUUCCUUGGUGGCGCGACGCUCGGUAUGACGCACUCGAGCACCGCUCGCGCUGAGGACAAGCGCGAUCUGCGCGAUCUGGAGUUCGGCGUGCCGCACGACCGCAAGCGCGUGGACCCGUUCUCGCCCUUCUUCCCGUCAGAUAAGCACCCGUGCACACACGCAGGCAUGUUUAUCCCCGGUUGCCACGAGCUCAAAAUCUUCUCAGGCUCGUCGCAUUUCGAGCUGGCCGACGAUAUUGCGCGGCGUCUAGGCACGCGCGUGGGCAAGAUCAAGCUUGGCCGCUUCGCCGACGGAGAGGUGCAGGUGCAAGUAGGCGAGAGCGUGCGCGGUAAGGACGUGUACCUGGUGCAGAGUCUGGCAAGCCCUGUGAACGACAACAUCAUCGAACUGCUGCUUAUGGUCAGCACUAUGCGUCGCGCCAGCGCCAAGAAGGUGACCGUCGUGCUGCCGUACUACGCGUACAAGCAUCACCGUCGUGCCAACCCGGCGGCGACCAGCCUGAACUCCAAGUUCAUCCAGAGCCCUGCUGCCGACAUCGCCAAGAUGCUGGAGGUCAUGGGCGUGGACCGCGUCAUUGCUGUAGAUAUGCAGAUGCGUGUGGAAGGUCACGAGGCAUGCUUCUUCAGCUCUGACAUCCCUGUGGAGACCAUCGAGACCAUCAUGGCUGGUGUUGAGUACUUCGCCACGCAGGUGCACCUCCGCCGCCCUCUCGUAGUGAUGGCGCCCAACCCGGAGUGUUUGCGUCGUGCACGUAUCUUCCAGACGGGCCUGAACAAGUGGCUGCCGGAUUCGCCUGCGCAGUUCGCCGUGUUCUUCCACGGUACGGGCAAGAAGGAGUCGGGAGAACAGUCUCCGGCCGACAUUGUGGGCGACGUCAAGGGCGCUGACGUGAUUGUCGUGGACGACCUGGUCGACACGAGUGAGACACUAUCCAAGCUUACAAACCUAGCACUGAGCAAGGGCGCUCGCAAGGUGUACUGCUUCGCCUCCCACCCGCUGCUCAACGGCGACGCCGAGCGUUUGAUCGAUGAGUCGAACGUGUCACAGGUUGUUGUCAUGGACACAAUCCCGGCUGACCCGAAGGCCUUCCACACCGACAAGCUCAAGCGUCUGUCGGUCGCGCCCAUGCUGGCAGAGCUGAUCCAGGCCGAGCACUUCAAGGCGCACUCGUACAUUGACAAGGUGAACUCACGCGAGGACUUUAAGUACGUGCACCACUAUUAAGCUGUACGCGUGAGAGCUGAAUGCUGAGGAGGAUAGGUAGUUGUGAAAGGAAGAUGGCACCGAACGAUGUCGAUCUGUUGGUAUGGGGCUUGCCCUGUUCUGGCGGGUGUUUGAAGCCCGUCGAUGCGUAAUACUACUACGCAGUAGCAUACUCAUGCACAUGCAUCAUGUAUUAUUUCAUUCAUUCUUCACUCGACGACUGCUU